AUGGCGGCUACUGCAACAAGACCCCGGACCCCCGGCCGGGGCCAAGCUCCCAUCGACCCUCCUCCUGUCCCUUCGGAAAAUGGUCACUCCCAGACCAAGGAUUCUUCGCGCAGAACUUCGUCGUCCCUAGGCUUCCUGCGCCGUUCCAAGUCGACUGAACCAAUCGGGAGCAAGCCCCGUGGCAAAAAGAUGUCCAAGGCCCAGAUGGAAGAGGAGCUUCGGCGUCAGCGUGAGGCGCGGCCGAAACAACCUCCGCGUCUGCCUGACUUCUCGCCUCCUCCAGUCAUCGAAACCUUUGGGGGUGAUGAAACCCGCAAUGGUGUUGCUGACGUUACAAGCCCUCUUUCACCCAGUCAAUCUCGACCGUCCCGUAGCGCGAUGAGUACUCCGGUGCCGCCUGAUUACAGCGACCCCUACGCUCGAACCGAGAGCAUGACCCAUCGCGGCCGUUACAGCUAUGCAAGCAGCUAUGUCAGCACCGUUAACAAUCCGCGCAGACUGCGCCGCCGCAAGGACCCUACUCCGUACAAUAUCCUCGUCAUCGGUGCGCGAAACUCAGGCAAGACUUCCUUCCUUAACUUUCUCCGCAAGUCGCUGGCUCUGCCCCCGCAUAAACAUCCCUCGCGUGCGCCCGACGAAGUGGAAUAUGAUAGUCACAACCCCGCCAGCGAAGGGUACACUUCUCACUACCUUGAAACCGAGAUCGAUGGGGAGCGUGUUGGUCUGACCCUCUGGGACUCCCAGGGACUUGAGAAGAACGUCGUCGACAUCCAGCUGCGUGGUGUUACUGGGUUCCUGGAGAGUAAAUUUGAAGAAACGUUGAAUGAGGAAAUGAAAGUCGUCCGUUCUCCUGGAGCCCGCGACACUCACAUCCACUGUACUUUCUUGAUUCUCGAUCCGUCGCGACUGGAUGAAAAUAUUGCGGCUGCGGAGCGCGCCGCUCAAGGAACGCCUCGGGCGUCUGAUUCUAAAGUUUUGGGAGUCCUCGACGAAAAUUUCGAUCUCCAGGUUCUUCGUACCGUUAUCGGCAAGACCACGGUCGUUCCUGUGAUUAGCAAGGCCGAUACUAUCACCACGGCGCACAUGGCAUACCUUAGGAAAGCAGUGUGGGACAGCUUGAAGAAGGCGAACAUCGACCCUCUUGAAAUCCUUACUCUUGAAGACCAGGAGGAGUACACGUCUUCAGAGGGCGAAGACGAAGAGGACGGCGAGACUUCAGAAGCUGAAGAUGCCGCCGGCGAAACCGAAGGCGGCCACACUAAAGAGGAGACCGAGCCAAAAGCGCCAGAAUCCCCUACACAGCGCAGUGAAGGCUCUCAGCAGGACGUCGGUUCCCAGGCUGUUCCUCUACUUCCUUUCUCGAUUCUGUCCCCCGACAAAUACUCGCUCCAGGGCGAUGGUCCCAUUGGUCGCAAAUUCCCUUGGGGUUUUGCUGACCCGUACAAUCCAGAGCACUGCGACUUCCUGAAACUCAAAGACUCCGUGUUCAGCGAAUGGCGUUCUGAACUGCGUGAGGCUAGCCGUGUUAUCUGGUAUGAACGCUGGAGAACCAGCCGCCUGAACCGUCACGAUGCUAUUGCUUCGCCAAAGCCAAGAUCAUUCGGCGGCAGAACCGGCCCUGACUUUGCACGUCGGCCAAGCGGCCUCAAGCAUGCUCAAAAUGGAUGUCACUGCCAUAUUCCGGUGUCUUUGGCCCGACCCGUCUCAUUUGGUGUACCCCGGUGUCAAUCAAAUUGGAAGCUCUCAGAGCUGACCGUUGGUUAA